UUUUUUUUUUUUUUUGAGGUCUGAGAAGCACACGCUACAAGUUUUUGGUUGAAGACUUGAAGUGAAGCAUUUGACCAGAAGUGAAGAGCGUGGCGUUUUGUUACAGUAAUUUUACUUUACUUUUCAAGUAAUUGUAAUCUGGUAAUUGACAGUAUUGGUAAGUAGCAAAUGGCCCAUCAGUACUUGGACCAAACUUCUGCUAUUUUAAAAGACGAUAAGGGUUACUUCGUUCCAGCUACACAACGCGCAGACGGCACUUGGCGUAAGGAGAGGCGGCUCAAGGAGAACUAUAUUCCUCAGGACGAAGUAAAACUUUACGAAUCCAAAGGUAAAAAAUUUGCUGCCAAUAAACCUACAUUACCUCCAGGUGCACCUGUUGCAAUGGUUGCGGUACCUAAACAACAGCAACAAACCAAAAAAGUUCUCACCGAGAAACAACCCAAACAAGAGAAAAUUAAAAUGCCUGAAGUACAAAAACAAAAGGAGAAGCCAGUAGAAAAGAAGCCUGAGUUAGAGUCGUCAGGAACUGACCCUGUUAAGCGAGUAAGAAAUCUUAAGAAAAAGUUGAAAAAUAUUGAAGAGUUGGAAGUUAAAGUUUCCGAAGGACAUUCUAUUGAUAAUGACCAGCGUAAAAAGAUUUCGACCAAAAAUGCUGUUUGCAAGGAGAUUGCUAGUCUUGAAGCAAUUGUGAAAAUUAUGUUUCCUUCGCCUCCUAAACCAACCAAGAAAGAAGGAAAGAAGGAUGCUAAGAAAGAUAAUAAGAAAGACACGUCCAAAAAAGAAACGAAACAAGAGAAUAAACCAAACAAGGUUAGUGAUAAAAAACCAACCUCAGUAUUGACAAAUGGUACUCAACCCAAGAAGGUUGAAAAAAAAACAAUCCCUCCAGUACAGCAAAAUGGUACAGCAGCUAUUAAAAAGACUGAAAAGGUCACCAAACCUGAAGUCAAAACAAAAGCUCAACCGAAGACCCAGGCCCAAUCUAAAACACCAUCUCAAUCUAAGACACAAGUCCAACCUAAAACUCAACCCAAAGCAAAGCCCGCUGCACCUGUUAUUGAGAUUUCAGUUGAAGCUGCUAAAAGAAUUAGGAACCUCAAAAAAAAGUUGAAGACCAUUGAUGAACUGGAACUUAAGGUUGCUCAAGGUGGUAAAAUUGAUAAUGAUCAACGUGUGAAGAUAUCUAAAAAGAGCGAAGUAUUGGCAGAAAUUCAAGCUCUUGAAAGUGGCAAGUAAAGAGCCUAAUUCUUUUGAGUAUUACAGAGGUUAACAAUUUAUUUUUUGUUGGUAUAUAUUAUAUAUAUAUCUGAUUAUAUUGAUUCUGAUAAAAAAAAAAAUGAAAUUUCUGUUUGUUUUGAAAAAGUAUUUUUUUUUAAGUUGUGUUCAAACUAUUUCAAUUUUUUCUUCCUAAUUAAUAUAAUUGACAAAAAUCAAUUAAAUAAUAACCAAGUUUCAUAAAAUGUGUUUAUAUUAUUUUUAUUACUUCUAAUUUAUUCUUUUCCUUUAUAAAAAAAAAUUUGAUAUCUUCAGACAAAUUUUUUUUAUACCUAUAUAAAAAUAAGUACUCUAAAAUUAUACGAGUAUUGUACGUGUGUAUGUAUUAAUAUCAAGAGACUUAUUCUUGAGUACCAUUGAAAUAUACUUGAAAUUCAAUGCUAUUACAAAAAGAAAGUAUUAUGUAUUGCAAUGUUUUUUUUAAUUUAAUUUAAUUUAAAAAAAAGUGUAUAGUAAAAUUUUACUAAAUUUUACUAAAUUUUAAUAAGGCUAUCUAAUUUCAUGUUUUAUUUGAUUUCCUGAUCAUAUGUACAAGUAUAAAUUAAUUUUAUUUUCUGGAAUAUUGCAUUAUUUGAUUAUAAUAUAUAAAAAAUAUUUUUGAUGG